AUGAGCGGGAGAGGGCGCACGACUCACAGUAAGGGCUGCAUAACUUGCAAAAAGCGCAAGGUGAAAUGUGAUGAACGACUGCCGAAAUGUUUGCGCUGUGAGAAUAGCAAGCGCGAGUGCCUGGGCUACAGCAAGUCUUUGGUGUUCAUAUCAUCGACGGAUAAUGAAACGCUCUCCAGAACAUCCAGCCCGUCUUCAUGCAAGGCGAUAGAGCGGGUCAAGGAAUCGCAGAGGCAUCUUCCGCUCUAUGUAGAUGCAAGCGUGUCAAUGGGGGACAUGCUAGACACUACCAUCGACAGCUCGAUCUCGCUGGAUGCCUUCCAAGAAGACAUGUUCAUUUCUCAUCUUCUCGCGAAGCUUUACAGACCAACAUCCAACACUGUUCCCCAAGGCUCAGAUGAUACCAGCCUCAUCGACGUUCUCAGGCACGACAACCGUCGCUCUGCAGCGCAUGCCGCCAUGUUGAGCGUAGGCCAGGCCUUCUUUGGGCGGGUUCAUGGCCUCGGUCACAUGGUCAGCCAGUCGAGAUCUCACUAUGUCAAGGCACUUCAUCGCAUUCAAGACGAGCUGGCAACGUCCAGCCAUCCAGCGAGGGGAAGCAUGCAGUGGCUCACAGGUCUUUGGUGCUGUUCCUUUCUGGGCAUGUACGAGAUGAUAUGUAGCUCGAGCCCGACGGCAUGGAUCCAGCACUCGCGUGGACUCGCAGCUAUGGCUGUGGGCUGCAUUGCUCAGCGUAAAAGAACCUUUCUCGAGCGACACGACUGGCAAACGACACCGUGGGCCACUUCACCCGCACCAAAGUCGACCUGGAUCCGACUACAGGACAUCAUGUGCCGCAUACCAGGACUGAUGGAGGAUGCUGACAGCUUGGUUGCCGGCGACGAGGGAGCCCCCAAUCUCGCACAUUUGCAAGGCAAGAUCUUGGAAAAUCUUGAUGAAUGCGAUCAUCUCCAAGCGCUUUGGCAUCAGGAACAUCCCGAGGCACGACGUUCUGUAUCGCCUCGGGAACCCGAAUCGCCUUUCACAUGCGUCUACGCAUUUCAGACAUUCGACCAGGCCGCUGAAGCCAUACAUUUCGACGUGGUCACUCUGCUUCUGUAUGGGUUGGCGGAGAAGACAGGCCUGGAUUUGAGGCACACAAGUCCACGCUCGCACUUUCUCGCUCUGAGAAUAUGCCGCAGUAUUGAGUACAUGGUGGCAUCCUCCAAACACGACAGCUUAGGGGCCAUGGUCGUGAUCUUCCCUCUGCGGGUGGCCGCCAGACACGUCGCGGCCUGCCCGGCGGUAGCAGACUGGCUGGGCAGACAGUGGCGACGUCUCGCUGGACAGAAGGGCUUUGACAUCAGCUCCCGCGUGAUGGAGAUCACGAAUGGGGUCUGAAUGAUUUCGAGUGGCAGAGUCUCAGAAUCGGUCAAGCCAUUUCGGGUCAUCUUCAAGGCUAGGAGGUAGGGAGACAUGGCUUGACAGAUUAAUAGCUAUGCGGUCAGAACGAGCUCGAGGGCCCGAGCCUGAUUCGAGCGGAGCAAUGCAGAGCAAGCGCACCAAUCUAGGUGGAGAGACAAAACUCUCAAUCACGAAGCUCUUCUCUCUUUCAGAAGACAUGAUUGCGGUCUCUCUCAUCACAAGAUACUCGCCAUGGUCAGAAGUCCCGAGACCGUCGGGAGGCAGCGCUCUCGCUGGAACAACAAUACCAGCAGCCUCUGCUUCAAGACCUCUCAGCUCCUUAUG